UAAUAACCGUAAUAACUCUUAUCAAAAUAGAUUCCAUGGACGAGCUCCUUAUAAUAACAGUCAACCCCAUAAUUCCACAAACAAUUCUUCUCCCAAUCUUUCCAGUACUCCUAAUAUAUCCCAAUCACCACCUGCGGGAAACGACCAAUGA